CUGGCCUCAAUUCCCCCCUCCCAGACAAACCCGACCUUGACCCGUUCCUUCCUCCACAACGGGUACGGACACCGAAAGCUUAACUUCUUUGUCUUGUCUUGCCGCAAACAACAUCGCACCAUCGCCCCGUCCAUUUUCACCCCUGGUUGGCGGCUCGAUGCUAGAACAUGCCGAGGCCUUCGAGUCAAUCUGCGCAUCCCGACCUAUCUUCAUCCUCCACGCCGUCACCGCUGCACCGCCUGCCCGUCAAUCCCCGCAGGAAGAAAGUCGCACCCGACGAGAGGAAACGAGUGGCAACCGCCUGCAAUAGCUGCAAUGUGCGGCGCAUUAAAUGCAGCGGCGAGCGGCCCUGCCGCCAAUGCACCAGCGCUCAGCGCGAGUGCCUGUAUCCGGAGCCCGUUGAGAAGGUGACCAUUCCCAAGGCCGACUUGGAGGCCUUGCAGCGGCGGUGCGUGUCGCUGGAACGGCAGCUGGCCGCCGUGAUGGAGCCCGCUGACGCAAAUGCUCGGCAUCGCGUUGGCUCACCCUCGGCAUGGUCGCGCGCCGAGACGUCUGAGACCUUGUCCAUGGAUGGCGACACGCACCCGCCUCCCUUCACCGCCGGUGGCAUGGACGGCAAGAUGCUUGCCGACGCGGCCGGCAAUUCCCGCUACCUCGGCGCGACGUCUGGGGCAACCUUCCUCGACACCCUCAAGGAGCUGAUCGCGACGGCCACACCCUUGGCCCGUGUGCUUGACCGCGAGACCGGCGAGACUCCCGCGGGGGCCGCAUUCCUGAGUUCUGUCGGUCGCUAUCAGACGCACGAUUCCCGGCCACUCUCAAUGCCCUCGGUAGUGGAUCCCCUCACCUUGCCGUCCGAAGACGGGAUUGCGGCCGUCUUGAUGCAGGUCCGCUACUUCAUCCAAGACGGCAAUGGAGCCUUUCCGAGCGGAGGCGUCCUCUUCUGGCCCUUCAAGGACCCGCAAGCCGUCUCCGCGCUCGCGUCCAUACCGAGAGUCCAGGGCUCCGAUGGUCUGAUGCUGCCUAGCCCGCAACACCGCCCGCUGGCCUUGUAUCACGUGGCCUUUGCCAUUGCGCGGCUGCUACACCUCCGGGAGCCGAACUCCGCCGUCGAUGGCCAGCUCGGCGAGGAUCACUUUGCACGGGCUCGCGCACUGCUAGGCAAUCUGCUGGACCGCACUUCGUACACGAUCGACGAUAUCGCCGCACUGGCUCUGAUGGCGGUGUACAUGGUCGAAAAUAACCGGAGAGACGCGGCAUACAUCGCCAUCAGCAAUGCCAUGACUAUCAGCGUCAUGCACGGCAUCCACAGGGGAUGGUCAGGUGACGAGGUCGGUGUGAGAACGUUUUGGACCGUCUACGUCCUCGACAGAUGGUUGGGCUGUGUCAUGGGUCGGCCGCCCACAGUCCCUGACGAUGCCAUCACGCUUCCGCUGCCUAGAGAUUGCCCCGGGCUUCCCUCGGCGGCGGGACUACGAGCCCAUGUGGAGCUAUGCAAGAUCUCGGACUACAUUGUCUACAGCAGCUACCGCGCUGGCGGGCGACCAGGUUUCCCAGCCAAGGCCACAGCUCGUGUAGACAAGGCCCUUCAGAUGCUCGAGCACUGGCACGCCAACCUGCCCGCCACUCUUCGCCUGCCUGACAACCUGGACGACCUCUUCCCGUCUGAUCUGUUCAGUCAGAUCAGCCAGUUUGGUCAGGUCGACGGGUUCAGGCGGGACAGAGCCUGCUGGUCGUUGCACAUGAGCUAUAACCAGCUUGUGAUUCUGUCGGUCCGACCGGCGAUGCUCAUGGCGGUCUGGAAAGCGGUCGCCAGCAUCAUCUGCAUCAACCAGCCCUUCGACAUUGAAGCCCAUCCACAGAUCGAGCCGAUCCGCGCGUGCAGCGACGCAGCACGACGCAACCUCCGGCUGGGUCGGCUGAUGCGCCUGCACAGUCCGCGCCAGAAGCUGCUGCUGCCCGAUUUGCACAACAUCUUCAACGCUGCCGUCGUGCUCACGAUGCACCAGUUUGUGUUUGUGAACCUCCGGACCCGAGACAUCGACGACAUUGGAUGGGCCACAGAAGUGUUUGAAGGCGAGGCGGAGACGGGCAGCGCAUACGCAAAGGACUGCACGCGCGUCUUGAGGGAUCUGCAAUAUCUUGUCCAUCAGCUUCGAAACCCCAUUCAUGAUCCGGGCACCAAGCAGAUGCUCUUGUCAAAUGAGGGGGCCUUUCGCGACCUGAUGCCAGAGGAGAUGGCCGCGGUGCGGCGAGGGCCGGAGCGCAGCAACAAUGGCCCUGCCGCCCCUGACCUAGCAGAAUCCACGAGACGAGGGCAGGGAGACACGCUCUACGAGAGGGCCUCGGCGAUUUACCAGACGCUCUCGUCCUGGUGGAAAGCGGAUUACAUGCAGUUUUAUAAUUCUUUUCUUUCCUAAGUACCUAGUCUAGCCGGCGCGGGAUGAUGUCGAAUUGGAUAUGUUUGCAACGCUUACCUUAGAUACCAACUUGGAAUGCAGACUGCUCUUUUUGUAUGAGCCGUUGACUC